AAUGACUUCACUUCUUUUCAUAGUUUUUUUCUUUCUUUGCUAUCUUCUUGGGAUAUGAUUUAAUUGUUCUGUGAUAUAAUAAUCACAAACUAGGCGCCAUAUACUCCCUCCCGAUCUCCAAUUUUCUUUUAUUCUUUCAGUUUAUAUCAGAAUCUAUUGAUUCUCUAAUGGAUACAAGGGCAGCCUGCGAGAUACCAUCAUGUCUGGCCACUAGUAGAAAAACGUCAAUUAGAGGCGCUUCAUCUGAGGAGCAGCUCAUUCAUUCAACAGAACCACACCAAUUCAUUCCCAGUAUAUACAGUAUCCGUAGAUCGAAGGAUGUAGUCUAUCUUCUAUCAUUUUCCCUGUUUAUGCAGAUAAGGCAUAAUGUAUAAAAAAAAUAGAAGUUGGAUGUAUGAUAAAGAUGCGGUAUUGUACGGAAUGCAAUCAAAUUUUCUCGAGGGAGUCGGGGAAUUUAUUGAAUUUGCACUUGAACAUCCGGCUUAUAUGAGUGGUGAUAAAAUAAGAUGUCCAUGUUCAAAGUGUAAAAAUCUCAAAUUUAAAGACCCACACGAAGUUGGGUAUGAUUUGUACGCGGUCGGUUUUGUUCCCAAUUAUUAUAAUUGGACUUCUCACGGCGAACCUUUGGAUCCAUCUGUUAUACCACAAACGGUAGGUUCGUCUCGUUACGUCCCUCCAGAGAUGAGUGCGUGGGGAGACCGUGCUGAAAUGAGGUGGGACCAACAAAUGGUAUAUGACGCAUACGGUGUACCGUCUCAAUUCAACCCCCCACAACCACCUAACGACCCCCCUGAAGCCUCAACCUCGUAUCAACCAGAUGCGGAUGAAAAUCCGACAUUUUAUCAACCUUAUGUGGAUGAAGGUUUGGCUGAGAGAUUUCAGGAUGUUCUAAAAGCUGUCGACCAACCUCUGUAUGCUGAUUGUGAGGGAUACUCUCAGCUAUCCGCUGUUACUGAGUUCAUGAACAUAAAAGC